UACAGACAGAAUUAAAAAUAAAAAGAGAAUUACACAUAACCCAUAUGUAAUUAUUCAGUAUUAUCACUAUUAUAUAUGUGUAUAAUCUAGAGUUAAGCCAUCGAAUACAUAAUACACUUAAAUAGAAUAGCUUGGGUACCAAUCCUAUUUAACGAAAUUCAGUGAAAUGAAACUUUUACGUUAAAUAAGGUUAACUUCUUAAAGAGCAAGUUUAUUAAUCAAUGGAAAUUAUCUCAAAGAAACAAAAAUGCUGAACAGCCGAGUAAUAGCCCAAGUAUUGUUACAACAACGACACAAAAUUCGAAAUAUUUGUAACCCUGGAAUCAUCAAGUGCAAUAAGAUUUAUCGAGAACACAGCACAGUUGCUGCUGAAGAUAGCUAUGUAAAGAAGUUUAUGAAAGCCGUCGGAUGGAUGGAUCAGGACAGAACUCGUUUAAAACUUACAGGUUAUUUUCUAUAUGAAAGUAUUCAUGCUAAUAUUGUUUAUGAAGAAUGGUUUGAAAAGCUUGAACUUCCUGAUACCCUUGCCUCCUGGUUUAGCAUAACAGAACUACAUGUGUGGUUGUUGAUGGUCAGAUACAUGGCUGAGGACAUAGCUCAUACAGCCAAAGAGAAGAAAACAUAUGUUAAAGGCGAUGGUCAUUUUGUCAGGAAUUGCAUAGUGGAAGCACUGUGGGCUGAUGUUUCUAGUAGGAUUAAGCUAUUAGAGGGUGCAAAUCCAUCAAUUGCAAAGAAACAAGUAUCAGAGCUCUCUGAACAAUUUCAAGCUGCCCUUGUAGCUUACGAUGAAGGUCUUAGUGAUGAUAAAAUUUUAGCAGCAGCAAUAUGGAGAAGAUUUUAUUCAUUAUCAGAAAAUACAGAUGUUGAAAAUGUAGAGAAAAUUGUCAGUUUUAUCAGGCGUCAGAUAUUAAUAUUAGAUAAAAUAUCCAGUGAAGAUCUAAAAUGGAAACCUGAAAUACCUUGGUUGAAAAUUACUGGCUAGUAUUUGAAAUAAAACAAGUUAAAUUAUUUUUGAAAAUGUUGUUGCGAAUAGAAUAAUAUAUAAGAACCGUU